AUGGUACUCGACCUAGAGGUAACCAACAGAGCGUCGGCACUGCCAGUAGAACUCACGAAUGACCUCAUGGAUUCCUUUGGGAUCUUCUGCGCUACGUAUGGAGGUACACCUCUCGGCCAGCAGUCCCAGAAAGCCCUGCAGUGCUUCCCUAUAGCAUGGGCUUGUCUCGCCGUCAAGGAGGCGGAGAAGAAAAGCAAAGAAGUUCGUGACAGAGACGUGUCGAGGUGCUACCAGGAAAUCGCGCUUCCUGGCAGGAUAACGUUGUGCCACCGAGCUAUCGCGAGUCCGCAGAGUCCGACAACCCGCUGCGCUUCCCGGCCGGGUGGGAGACUACGCUCUAGACUACUUCACCACGCUCGGAGGUGCGUGACGCGUGUAAAGUCGGGGUAG